AUGUUAGAAUCAUUGGCCAAUGAACUUAUCCUUGAACUCUUCGAGUUGUUCAAUGAUAUUCAACUUCUUCGUGCAUUUCGUGGUCUCAACUCUCGUUUUGAUACACUUCUCGAUGUACAUUUCCGAGAGUAUAGUCUUGAUUUUCGAUCUGUAUCCAAACGCGACUUCGACAUAUUCUGUCGACGACAGCUUCCAUCAUGCAUCAAUCGAGUUACUUCAAUUUAUCUAUCGGAUGAUGACGAAACUCCAAAUUUAUCUGACCAUUUUCUUUCUUACAAUUCAAUGAUCAAUAUGUUUACGAGCUUACGUUCACUUGCACUUUAUGGUCUUCGUUCUACAGUCACGGUGCAGAAGUUCGUAUUGGAGUGUCGUAAUCUUCCAUGUCUUACUCAUUUGAAAGUGAUUCAGUGUCAUUUUGAAGUUCAAAAGGAAUUUAUUUGUUUCAACAACACUGUUUGGCAUCUAACAAAACUUACUCAUUGUCAUUUUGACAACAUUUGUGAGCCUACCAUUCGUUUCAUCGAACCAAAAAUAUCUUCAUUAUCAAUCGAACAUCUCUUAAUCACGAAUACGGCAUGUCAGUUGCAUGAAUUAGCUCGUUUACUCAAACAAGCACCCCAUCUUCGACGACUCAAUGCCAGUAUUGCGCCUAAUGGUGAUGAUGAUGAUGAACGAAUGCAAGCGAUUCAUUCAUCAAUCACUGCACUAUCGCUCGUGUUUCAUCAUUCGAUAGAAAAAAUGAAGAAUCUUCUGCACACAAUGCCAAAUUUACUUCGUUUGACAAUCGAUACAACCAACAUGUACUUGAAUGGUCAUCAAUGGGAACAGAUCAUUGUCAAACAACUUCGCAAGUUAAAAAUCUUUCGAUUUCGAAUGACAUUUUCUUUUUUCGAAAACAAUAGCAACAACAAUAUAGAAGAACAAAUCGAUCUACUACUUGAUACAUUUCGAACUCCCUUUUGGCUCAAUGAACAUGGCUGGUUUGUUCGAUGUGAUUGGAAUGCCCAAGCCAUCGAUAAUAUAUCUCUCUAUACUGUACUUUAUGCUUUUGAUGUACUCUCUUUUCAUCAUUCUAUGCGAUCGAAAUGGACUUGUCCGAAUGAUAGCAAAUAUUGGUCUUAUAAUCGAGUCAAGCAUUUUUGGUAUCAAAAUGAUUUAUUUCAAGAUCUGACUCUCUUUCCUGCUCGUUUUCUCAAUAUUCAUCAUCUACGACUGCGACUUCCCGUUAAUGAUAAUUUCUGGUUUGUUAUUUCCACGUUGCAUAACCUAACUUCACUCAAUCUUUCACUACGUCAAAGUCGGACUAUAACUCAAAUAAAUGCUUUACUCGAUCGAACACCUAAUAUCUAUUCAUUGACCAUUGACCCGUCGUUAUUUUCACGAUUAUCAGCAUUAGAAAAUAUCAGUAAAUCAAUUCGUCGAUUGAAUCUUUUUGAAAUUUCUGGAUCGUAUUUGGACAAUGUCCAAUGUUCACUCUUGGCUAAUUCAUCACUUGGACGUCAAUGUGAAAUUCUUGUUGUUGGCGUUGAACAUCGAACAAAUGCGUACUUUUUGAUCACUCAUAUGUCCAACCUUCGUGUGUUGAUAUUUCGAUGUCGAGAUGAUAAAUGGCAUGAGAAUGGAUCAUCGUCCGCGAGAGAUGAACUUCUUAGUUGGUUAAAGAACCGAUUGCCAUCCACUUGUUCGAUUACCAGAAAUGUAAAAGCUGCCUUUAAAAUUCGAGUAUGGACUGGCUAA